AUGAGUAUUACAGCGGGACCUAAGGUGACGACGACAGCAGCAUUAGUUAAUACGGACAGAAAGAUGAAUAACCAUCAUUCGACUCAGGUGCUGCAUGGAUCAGGGCAGCACGGAAUGCAACCAUCCGGAAACAAUGUUUUGAACGGUCUUGCUAAUGGUGCUACUGGAUUGCAAUCCAGUGCUUCUAGCACGAGCACAAGAGACGAUUCGACAAUUGUCGGGUUGCAUUAUAAGAUUGGCAAGAAAAUCGGUGAAGGUUCGUUUGGUGUUUUGUUUGAAGGUGUAAAUAUGAUUAACAACGUCCCAGUAGCAAUUAAGUUCGAACCAAGAAAGACUGAUGCACCUCAGUUGAAGGACGAGUACAGGACGUAUAAGAUUUUAAGCGGAUCCGAAGGUAUCCCUCAGGCGUAUUAUUUUGGUCAAGAAGGGUUGCACAACAUUUUAGUCAUUGAUCUUUUGGGUCCAUCUUUAGAAGAUCUUUUCGAUUGGUGCGGCCGUAGAUUCUCUAUCAAGACCGUGGUUCAUGUUGCUAUACAAAUGAUUACGUUGAUUGAAGAGUUACAUGAUCAUGAUUUGAUAUACCGUGAUAUAAAACCGGAUAACUUUUUAAUUGGUAGACCAAAUCAACCGGAUGCUAAUAUGGUCCAUUUGAUCGAUUUCGGUAUGGCGAAAUUGUAUCGUGAUCCAAAGACAAAACAGCAUAUCCCAUACCGUGAAAAGAAAUCGCUCAGUGGUACCGCUCGUUACAUGUCUAUCAACACACAUCUGGGUCGUGAACAAAGUAGAAGAGACGAUAUGGAAGCAUUGGGACACGUAUUUUUCUAUUUCCUAAGAGGUCAAUUACCAUGGCAAGGGUUAAAAGCAGCUAAUAAUAAGUUGAAAUAUGAAAAGAUUGGUGAAAAAAAGAGAUCAACAAACGUGUACGAUUUAUCACAAGGGUUACCAGUUCAAUUUGGUCGUUAUUUGGAAAUUGUAAGAAACUUGGGUUUCGAAGAGACUCCGGAUUAUGAAGGUUACCGUAAACUAUUAUUGUCAGUAUUGGAUGAAUUAGGACAGAAAUUGGACGGAGAAUACGAUUGGAUGAAAUUAAACGGUGGUCGUGGUUGGGAUCUGGCCAUUAACAAGAAACCUAACUUGCACGGAUAUGGUCACCCAACUCCUCCGAAUGAAAAGAGUAAGAGACAUAGAAAUAAGUUUAACCAAGUUCCAUUAGCGGUAAACAAUUUGAACGGAUCAAACGUUCCCUUACAAUCACAUUCCCCAUUACCUGGUGGAACCGAUUUAACUCAAGGUGUUAGCAAUGCCCCUCAACAACCACAACAGAUCAUGUCUCAACAACAAUAUCAACAACACACACAACAAAGGCUGGACCCUAUGUCAUACGAAGCUUACAAGCAGCAAGUCCAACAACGUUACGCUCAACAACCACAACCAACGCAACAGAAAGCUCAAAAGUCACCAAACAAUGAUACUUCACAACAACAAUUCUCACAAAAUCGUCAACAACAACCACAGUAUCAAUUUCAACAGAAUCAACCACAAAACGGUAAAGUCCAAGUGGCAGAUUCCAAUUCAGAAAAGGGAUUUUUCAGCAAGCUUGGCUGUUGUUAG